CCUAGUUGGCGCGGCACAACCCACCCAAAAUACAAACCUUCAUUUUUCUCAUUCACGGCUAUAAAUAAUCUCAAAAACCCUUCCAAACCCUCACUUCGCCUUCCGCUUCCGGCGCCAUAUCGCGUAUCUUUCUCUGUUCUAUUCCUACGAUGGAGUUUUGGGGUGCCGAGGUUAAGGUUGGUGAGUCUGUUAAGGUAGAUCCAGCCGAAUUCGAGGCAUGCAUACACCUUUCUCAGGCUGCUCUUGGUGAGGCAAAGAAAGACAAAUCAAAUGAACCAGUUGUUCUCUACUUGAAAGUUGGUCAACAGAAAUUUGUCUUGGGAACCCUUUCCAGGGAGAAAAUUCCUCAAAUACCUCUGGAAUUGGUUUUGGAAAAGGAGUUUGAGCUUUCCCACAACUCAAAGAAUGCCAGUGUUCAUUUCUGUGGAUACAAGGCAUUUUAUGAUGCUGGCGAUGAUAGCGAGGAGGAUGAAUUUACUGAUAGCGAAGAGGAUGUUCCAUUGCUUAAAGCAGAGAAUGGAAAACCUGAAACAAAAGCUGAAGAGUUGAAGGUACCUGAAUCUAAAAAAGCUGUUGCCAAGGCUAGUGCAUCAGCAAAACAAGUCAAGAUUGUUGAACCGAAAAAAGACAAUGAAGAGGACUCUGAUGAUGAUUCUGACGAAGAUGAUGAUUUUGGAAGUUCUGAUGAAGAGAUGGAGGAUGCUGAUAGUGACAGUGAUGAUGAGAGUGAUGACAAAGAAGAUGAUGAUGAAGAAACCCAUCCUAAGAAUAAGAAGGCAGAUCUAGGAAAGAAGAGACCCAAUGAAUCUGCAUCAAAAACUCCAGUUUCCUCCAAGAAAGCUAAGAAUGCCACUCCUGAAAAGACUGAUGGUAAGAAAGGUGGACAUACAGCAACUCCUCACCCUGCGAAGAAAGGUGGAAAGACUCCCAGCAGUGAAGCCAAAGCCAAGACUCCCAACAAUGAAGCCAAGACUCCCAUGUCUGGUGGACUCUCUUGCAAAAGCUGCAGCAAGUCUUUCAACUCUGAAAGUGGUCUGCAACAACAUAACAAGGCAAAGCAUGGUGGUCAGUGAUAUUUUUGCAGUUGGUUAACCAGGUCUUUCAUGUAUUAUUUUUGGCUUAUGUAAUAGAGUGAGUAUCCUAAGGACGUUAGGCAUCUGUCCUUGUUUUUGGCCUAGUAAACCGUGGUGGUGUCAAGGUGAAUGCAUGUUUCGGAAGUUUUGUUUGAUAUUUUAUUGGGAACUUCAAUUAUUAUCUAAGAUUAUUGCGGUUAGAUCUUUUGCUGCUUA